AUGCGCGCUCACUAUCUAGUCGCUGGCUUGAUCGGCCUCGCUGGUCUUGCCUUCGCCGCUCCUACUCCCGAGUCCACUGCCGUCUCCCUCAUCCCGACCUCCCAACCCGCCGACAUCGCCGACCUCGAGUAUGUUGCUCCCGAAUGCAAUAUGGGACAACAGCCAGACAUGUGGCUCGCGGCUAUCUGCGGCAACCACACCAACACGAGCACCAUGCCUAAGACCUGGCUCGGCGUCUGCGCACUACUUACCGCCGGCGUCGCGCAUGAAGUCACAACCACGGUUCAAGACCCUGGUCUCAUGUGCAGAUUCUACGACGACAGCGACUACUGCAACAGCGACUACGUCGUCGCUACCCUUACCCAUCAUUUUCGGAUUCCGUCGGCGAUUGGCAAGCAGAUCAAGUAUGUCAGGUGUGAUAAGGCGCCGCCACGUGGGGAUUCUGGUGAGCUCGAGGCUAGAGCUCAUGAUGCUCUUCUGGACGAUGCUCCUUUUGUUCUUGGAGCGGAAGAUAUCAAGCAUGCCGAAGAGAAUGACGCUCUUCCCAUCCACGACGCCGACCCCAUUCGACUCGAGGACACUUCAUCUUCCUCCGCCUGUAUGAACCCCGAUGCGAGCCACUACUUCUUGUCCAUCUGCGGCAAUGGCAACGCCAACAACAUCCCCAACAAUUGGAUGAACGCAUGUGUGUCGCUGACCAGUACCGUUGGGUACCACGUCGAAACUGUUACUCAGAAUGCGCGCAUUAUGUGCAAGUUCUACGACGACAGCAACGAGUGCAAGGGCAACAUCGAAGAGGUCUCCAUUAUUACAGAGAAAGAAGAGAGCUUUAGGAUUGACCCCGAGAUUGGAAAGCGGAUCAAGUAUGUCAUGUGCAAGAUUGGUCGGUGGCGCAGGGACGUUGGUGGGAUUGAGGGUAGAUCUGAUGGUUCUCCUCUCGGGUCACCGACAACAAUUGUCGACGCCGACGUCGCAAAGAAACCCUGGGUCUGCCAGUACCCUCACUUCGCCUCAGCCUACCGGUACUUAGUAGUCUGCUCCCAGGCCCACGCCCAACAGCUGCCGGACAUUCAUCGGGGAGACUGUAUGAGGCUGUCAGACCCAGUUGCGCUUCACGUCGACAGUUUCCUCCAAGACGAAAACACGGUCUGCGAUUUCUACGACAGCAGUAACGGAUGUCUCGGCAAACAAAUCUUUCACUCGAUGACACGGGAACAUCAAUAUCGAUUCGAUAUUGAUUCGAAGUGGGGAACUUGGAUUAAGCAUGUGAGGUGUCGGUAUGACGAUACGUGGUACCAGGCUGGUGGGAUUGAAGCUCGAGAGGUCGAUGUUCCUUCCUCAUCGGAGAUCUUGGUCGCUCCGGAAAUCGUAGUCGCUCCAGACACCGAUGUCUCGCCAGGCGCCGGUGUCUCACCAGACUGGGCCUGCAUGAACCCGUCCCCGGAUAACCAAUACUUGGUCGUCUGCAGCCAUGGCGUAGGCCAACUCAUGACCAACAAGCUCUUGGGUAACUGUCUGAAGCUAAACAGCGAUAUCGCGUAUAAUGUCGAUUCCUUCAUUCAAGAUCAAGGUCUGAGGUGUAGGUUCUACAACGACCGCCACUCAGACUGCAAAGGCGAACUCAUUUACACCGCUCAAACUCUGGAUAAGCAACACCUCUUCAAGAUCGAUGCGAAGUACGGGACUAGGUUCAAGUAUGUUUGGUGUUACAAGGGCGACCACCAGCUGAGCGAUGUUCCUGCGCUCGAAGCUCGAGUAGCGGAUACGUCUCUCGAGGCGCCAUCUUUCGCGGUCGAGGAACCGUCCGGGCUCAUCGCGCGACUCAUCAGCGAUACCGGUUACGCUUUUGAGUAUCAAGAGAACUUCGCUGGGCUCUGCAUCAAACUCCCGGAUACGGUAUCUCGUCAUUUGACGCACGCAGCCUUGGUCGAUCAUACCCUCUGCAGGUUCUACGAGAGCGGCUGCUUUACUGUCAUUAAGCCUCUCUUCACUGCAAAGAGCGAGGCCCCCUAUACCAAAGUUCCUGUGCCAUCGGAUGUCAGCAAGAAAAUCACCCACGCUGUCUGCGGGCCUUCGUCUGCCCCACACAAUGAGAUCGAUGCGCGAGCGGAUGCUGUAUCUCUCGAAGCUAGCCCGACAGCCACUUCUGCAACAACGAUGGCAAAGGAGUUCUUAGCGAGGAUCUACAGCAGCACAAGCAACAUGGCUGUUCUCAGCGACAAGAAUAGAGCCUGCGUUCGGUUCAACGACGAUAUGUCCCACGAUGUUACCAAGGUAGAAAUGGGAGCCAACACUCUCUGCGUGUUCUACGACAACGCUUGCAGUCGAGCUGGAUACCCCGUCUUCACCUUUUCGACCACGGAGGGGUACUUCAGUCGAAACGUGCCAGCAGAUGCUUCCAAGCAGAUUACCCACGUCAUUUGCGGGAAGAAAGACACUCAUGCUGCGAUCGAGACACGAGCGGAUGCUACAACGGCAUAUUCGGGAACCCUUGCGAGAAUCUUCAGCAGCACGAGUCGUCAUGCUAUCCUCAGGGAAAACAGCCGAGCCUGCGUUAUGUUAAGAGAUCGUGUUGCCAACAGUGUUACCAGUGUAACUGUUGCAGCUCACACUCUCUGCGUGUUCUACGACAAUGAUUGCACCCUAGCUGUAUACCCCGUCUUCAGCGUUUCGACCGAUAAGGAGCAAUUCACCACUCGAGACGUGCCAGGGGAUGUUGGCAAGAAGAUCACCCACGUCCUUUGCGGAAAGAAAGAUGGUUAUGCCGACGUCAAUGCGCGAGCGGAUGAUUCAUCUCUCGAACCAGCAGCCCAGAAGACGAAGAUGGCCCGAGUCCUCAGCGAUACAGCCGACUUGUACAUCUACGACGACAACGAUGCGGAUUGCGUUGCGCUCAGCAAGCAUGUGGCUAAUGACGUUGUCGGAGUACAGCUGGAACCCAACAUUCUCUGCGUGUUCUACACCAAUGCCUGCAAUAUCGCCAAGUUCCCGAUUUUCCGCGCUUCGAAUCCUUGGAGCAAUGCUGUGAGUGUGGAUAUCCCGGGGUACACUGGCCGCGACAUCACGCACGUCGCUUGCGGCAAGAAGCACACUCUUGAUGCUGAGAUCGAUGCCUGGGCGGCUGCUACACCGAUUGUCGAUGCCCGAGCGGAAACCACACCCACUGUUGAUGCGCAGGCGGUUACUACACCCAUUUUCGACAGCACAGUACUGACGACUUUACACUUGGAGGGUCCAGAAAUCGCCAGGGUAUUCAGCAAGACUGCCAUGUUUGGUAUUAAAGAUGAAGACGCCAAUACCUGCAUCCCACUUGGCGACUCCAUUGCGAAUGAUCUUUUCGCCGUGGCCGUACACGAGAACGUCCUCUGCAGGUUCUGGGAGAACAGCUGCGACGUAGCCAAGGGUCCUCUGUACCAGCUCCACUCGAACAAGGGGGAUGUUGCCUCUAAAGUGCCUUCAGACAUUGGCAAGCAGCUUACUCAUUUCAUGUGCAUGCGUACUGAGCCUGAAGCUGCUAUCAUUACGCGAGAAGCACGAGACACAUCGAUGGCCGACCCUGGAGCCAUGGCCUUCCUAUUCGGCAGCACUUCCCAGCUUGGUAUCUACGAUGAAGACACCAAGAAGUGCAUCCCGCUUGGCGACUCUAUUGCGCAUGAUCUCAUCGCUGUGGCUGUACCCCGAAAUGUUUCCUGCUCGUUCUAUAAGGACGGCUGCGAUGUAUCUAAGGGUCCUACCUUCCUUGUUGCGUCGGGCCAGGGGCGUGGGGAUGUUCAUUACGUGCCCUCGGAGAUUAGCAAGAGGCUUACUCAUGUCACCUGUGUGCGUACUCAGCCUCCCGCUGAGAUCAUUGCGCGAGAGGAAGGUUCUCGGUCCAAUGUAGCUCUCAUCACUUCCGCGGCCUCAACAGGCAGCACACCGGAUCCAGCUACCGACAUGACCAUUGCCGAGAGUCAAUACCCCCGAGACGGAUAUAGCCCCGUGGACCUCCCAGUCGGCGAUCUAUUCACCUGCUCUUAUGAGCAAACCGAUAGCUGCUGGAUCAUGGAUGCACUCAACGAUUGCUUGGAAUUCCCUACGAACACCGCCCACAACGUCAUGAUCCUCGAGCAGGCUAAGGGGACGUAUUGUUGGUACUACAACAAGCCUGGGUGCAAGGAUAGUGAUGAGGUUUUCCAUCACACAUCGGCGCCAGGAAAUCCGACUGCCUUUAUUGGGACCUUCUUCAAGGAUCUCGCGAGUGCGGUGUGCGGAGGUCCCAGUGUGACAUCUGAGCUGGAAGUUAUUCCCCACGACCAUGCUAUCGAAAAGGUCACCGCCGUAGACAGGCCCAUCUACGCCGACGAUAUCACCAAGCGCGAUUCUCUCCCCACGGACUCGGCACCUUCAUGGACACUUCCUAGAAUCAUCCGAGUGGGCGAAGUAUUUGCCUGCUCCGAAGACUUUGCCUCCGGCUGCUGGUACAUCAACGCCCAAAAUAAAUGCACGGAUUUUCCGGCCCAGGUCGCCCACAAGUCCCAAUUCAUCAUGCAAGCCAAGGGUACAUGGUGCAAGUAUUACCUUGAAGCCGGCUGCUCGCACGAAGCGUGGCAGUACGUAUCGACUCCCACGGAUCACACUACGUUCGGGGUCAAGACCAACUUGGUUGCGAGCGUGGAGUGUCAAGCUUCUAAGGCGACUGUGAACGAAAUAACCAAGCGCGACUGGCCCCCAGGCUCAACAACAGUCUGCCACCAAGCGCACUACCAGUUCUGCACCGACAACGCCAUCAACGCUAUUCAGCAAUGCGCCAACUUUGCUCCUGCGGAUCAGGGCCCGAUCUCGAUCAUCCAGUAUGGUGGCGCAUACUGCAAGUGGUACCGCGACUUUGGCUGUGGAGGUGGAGAGGACAAGUCGCCCAUGAGCAUUGAUUCUAGGGGUGGAGAGCAGUGGGUUGAUGACUUGAGCGUGGAGAACAGGUUCAAGAGUGUCAAGUGUGAGACGUAUCAGUGGUAG